GGGCAGCAAAUUAAUAUAUAAGGUAGCAACAGGGCUCUGCAAGCACUUACAUUUCUCUAACUUCUCUGUGCUUUACACUGCAACUACUACUUCAACUUACCCACAAGCAUAAUGGCUAAUAGACCACAAGGAUUUGGAAUGACUGCUGAAGUAGCAGCCAAGAUUGCAGGGAAGUAUGAUGCUAGUUUGGAUGCACAAGCAAGAGAUUGGAUCAAUCAAGUUACUGAACCAGAAGAGGAACUGGCAAUAGAUGGCAAUCCAGAUACCCUUCACGAAGGGCUCAAGGACGGCGUGCUCCUCUGCAAACUAAUCAAUGUAAUCUGUCCAGGAUCUGUAAACAAGGUUAACACAAGCAAAAUGGCAUUCAAGCAGAUGGAGAACAUCGGAAAAUUUUUGGAUGCUUGCGAAACAUAUGGAGUAAACAAGCUGGAUUUGUUUCAAACUGUCAGUUUGUACGAAGCAACUAAUAUGCCUCAGGUAAUCGAUGGGAUCCAUGCUCUUGGUAGAAAGGCUGGCAGUAAGGGAUUUUCACCCUCCAUUGGAGCAAAGGAGUCGCAACAAAACAAGAGGGAAUUUACUGAUGAGCAGUUGCAGGCUGGCAAGGGUGUCAUUGGUCUCCAGAUGGGCUCGAACAAGGGAGCUAGUCAAGCAGGCAUGGACUAUGGUAAACCUCGCCAGAUUGCCGAGCAAACACCGACUUUUAAUAGCUCUCACACAAUGUCUGAUCGACCUAGAGGCUAUGGAAUGACAGCUGAAGUAUCUGAUAAAAUACAGGGCAAAUAUAGCCCGGAACUAGAGAGAGAAGCUAGAGAGUGGAUGGGUGAUGUGAUUGGAGAAACUGUUGAAGGCCCAAUCCAAGAUUCCUGCAAAGAUGGCCGCAUCCUCUGCAAGCUGAUUAACACGAUUCAACCUGGAUCUGUGAGAAAAAUCAACGAAAGCAAGAUGGCCUUCAAGCAGAUGGAGAACAUCGGGAAUUUCCUCGAUGCUUGCGUUGCUUAUGGCGUACCUAAAACAGACCUGUUCCAGACUGUGGACUUGUUCGAGGCUCAAAAUAUACCCCAGGUGGUCAAUGGUAUCCAUGCUGUUGGUAGAAAAGCUGGCAAGAAGGGAUUUAAUGGACCUACCAUUGGACCAAAGGAGGCAGCUGCAAACAAAAGAGACUUCACUGAUGAACAGUUGAAGGCAGGGCAGAAUGUCAUUGGUCUCCAGAUGGGCUCAAACAAGGGAGCUAGUCAAACAGGCAUGAGCUAUGGCGCACCUCGCCAGAUCCAUGACCCUACUGCUUAAAGUGACUGCUAUAGAGAG